CAGAGAGUUUGGUAAUUAUUAUUUAGUAUAAACUCAUUUAUUCCGAAUAUUUUUUUUGUAGUUACUUUGUCAAUUGUGAACUAUUUUUCUAUUCCUUCUAAAGGAGGAGCAUUAUGGCGUAUACAAGAAGUUGAGUGACUUAAGAACAAGGGGGGGAAACUGGAACAUACAAGUGAAAGUAAUGAUUAUGUGGGAAUCGAUCAAUCCUACAACCGAUGAACUAAUCAGCCUAGAUAUGAUUUUGAUGGAUGAAGAGGGCCAAACAAUUCAUGCUUUUACCUGGAAGAACCUAAUAGACACUUUUAGAUCAAAAAUUAAAGAGCAGUCUAUUUACGCUUUCAACAAUUUGAAGGUUGUGGAAUCUAUGAAGUGUCGUCCAACGAGCAAUGAAAAUAAAAUAUUUUUUGCAUACAACACAAAGGUAAAGGAGGUUAAAGGAUCUGCAGAGGUUUUCCCAGAUUUUUACUUCAGUUUCACAACCAAGGAGACACUACAAGAACGGGCAGAAAAAGAUAUACAAUGCGCAGAUGUUGUUGGAUUGCUCACGCAGAUGAAGCCUGUGGAAAAAGACUUAUUUUUUGAUUCAAGCUCAAUGAUAGUAACAUCAGCUUUGGCACACAAAAUUAGUUAAUAGAACAUUUGUGCCUGAUGAUCGGCUCGAGAAACUCUACUUGAAUGAUAAAGACGAGGAGGUAAAGUUGUUUUCCUUGAAAAACAAAGUAUCACGUUUAUAAUUCUCUAACUAUACAUCUUACACAGGAAUUGAUGGAUGAUGAAGUGGGCACCGUGUUAAAACAUGAAAUGAAGAAGCAGAACAUGCUUGACAAAAAGGUGGUUUGUUUUUUCACAAUACACACUUCUAAAUUUUAAAUAUUUGUCUAAUUUUGAAAAUAUUUAUUUAUUUUGCAGUCACAGAACAAUAAAGUUUCAGCUACAAAAUUAUCAUGUGAAUUGGUUCCUGUUAAAGUGGAACCAGUCAAUAGUAAUGGAACUUCAAUAAUGAAAGAUGGGCGCCAGGGAAAAAAUACCAUCAUCGUCACAUGAACUACGCAGUGACAAGAAGAGGAGACUGAGAUCUGAUGUAGUAUCAGAUGACUCAGAGGAUGAAUGCACCAAGACAAGUUUGUCAGAACGAAAGGAAAAAAAAUGUCCGUGGAAACAAGAAAUCUUUUGUAGCAAUAGUAAAAAAACACAAGGCUUGAAGAUGAUGAUGAAGUAUGGGAAGCAAAGCCUAGGAGAACGAGAAAGUUAUCUAGAAAAUUGGGGAUCUUAUCAAAUAGAUAUUGAGGCAACCUAUUUGUAUUACCAAGUUAUACAAAAAGGAUAGUAAUUAUAUUGUAAGAUUGAAAGUUAUAGCACUAUAUCGUUACUCCAGAAAAAAAUGAAUGCUAUAUUUAUAUAUCUACCAAUAGAAGGG